ACUGACCUCCAGACCACUGCACAAACGAAGUUUCUCUAACAAAUUAAUUAUCUUUAUAUUAUUUGAAUUACUUUGUUUAAUAUCGAAAAUGCAUUGGUUAUUUUGAUUUGUUGUAAGACAAACGCGGCAAACAUUGCUAUUGUUUUCUGAUACAAGUAUUCCUUUACAAUUAUCAAUCUCCAUUAGAUUUCUAUAAAAUCGAACUUUUAAUUAAAAAUAUAUAUAGAUAUGUAUAUAUUUCCAUUCGAAUUCUUUACAAUCCGUAAUAUAUCUAUCGUAUAUAUGUCAUCGCUUGGAUAUACUCUAACUGCUGCAUUUACCACGCAUGCACAUUAUUUUUUUUUCUUACGAAGUUUAACAGUGCAGCUACCUCUUGGUAGAGUUUCUAUGAAUUUUGAAAUUUCGGUUUUCAAAUAAUUCAUUUUUCAAGACGAUGAUCUUUAAUUGUUGUUGCUAGUGAUUACAACAGAAAAUUAAAGAAAAGUUAAAACAACGAAAAAAAGAUUACACGCAGUAGUAAUCUAUUUCUUACCCUGGUUCAUGACAUAAGCAAACUGGACAAGAUAAAUAACAGGUAGCAAUUGGAAUUGUUCCUUGCGAUAAAAUAUCAUAAAAGACAACCUAUUAUCCUUGUUGAAUUUGGACAGUCGUAAAAAUGGAGGAUUGUCCGCGGAAGAAAAUUUCUGGAAAUAAUGACAAUAAAUUGAAUGUUGAAGAAAAUGAAAAAGUUAACGACAAAUGUUGUCACCAGUACUUAACCUAUGACGUUUUAAGAAUUAUAUUUGAAUAUUUAAAUGCAGAAGAAUUAGCGAGUGCUUCGAUGGUUUGCAGAUCCUGGCUUGAGGCAGCAAAUAGUGAAAAACGAACUAGGGGUCCUAUAUGUUUGAUAAAAAGUUGUACAUCAUCCAAUGAAGAAGUGGACGAGGAGUAUGUCAAAGUCGAAAUAUUUAAAAAAUUGAGAAUAAAACCAGCAUUAGGAUUGUUUUUUACACCUCCAUUAUCUCGUUUCAGAAAGAAAGAUUGUCAUUGUAACAUUCUUCCAUCAAAUUGUCACACUGUAACAUUGACAACUACAUAUGGUAUUGUUAUCAAUGAUAAGGAAAUGCAGGAAAAUGUAGAAAAUAUUUUAGGUGUAUUUUUACCCGAUUUACCUAAUGUAACGGUUAAAACAGUUACAUUUAUAGAUAAUAUAUUAUUUAAAAUAAAUGGUAUAUCAGAAUCUAAGAAAAAAUAUAUUGAAGAAAUAAAAAGUGUUCUUGACACAGCUGGAAAGGACACUAAUACAUCUAAAUGUUUACUACUAUUUUGUGAUAGAUCGCAAGGACGCAGUUCGGCAAUAGAAAUUGCAAACUCUCUAAAAAAAUGUUAUAAAGAAGAUGAACUUUCAGUAUGGGGAGGAGUAGUCAGGUGUGGAUUUGUAUGCAAUUCAAAAGAUAGCGAGACACCUAACGAUCAGUGUACACAAUUUGCAUUCUGCACUGCUGUUGCUUUGGUUGGGCCAAUCGACACGUGGUCUUUAAUUGUUGAUAGAAAUCAUAAUACUAAAGAGAAAGUUGAGCAGCGAUUGAAAUUAUUUAGAAAUCGUAUUUGUUUAAAGAAACAUUCCAUAGGAUUGAUGUUUGCGUGUUGUGCGCGUGGUGAAAACAUGUUUCAGGAAUGUAACGUGGAAUCAUCUAUAUUUAAAAAAUUAUUUCCAAAAGUACCAUUAGCAGGUUGUUUCGGCGAUGGUGAAUUCGGAACAAAUAGGAUACCAAACGCGUGGAAUAGCGGUUUACAAGAAAGAUACGAUGGAUAUGGAGAAGACUGGAUUUUUAUGCCUGAUGGAAACGAUCAACCACAAGUAGCAGUAUUAAAAGAAACCGAAGAAGAUAUACGAGGAAUUUUUGACGAAUCGCAAAUCUCUUAUAUCCUUUACACUCGAUCUGGUCCAGAAAAUGGUACCCAAUUGCAUACGAACGAUACUAUGGGACUAUCGAAAUCUGAUUUUAAUCCCUCUCGAAAAACAAAAUUGAUAACACACGGAUGGAAGUCGAGCGCAAUGAGCACUGGUCUUCUCAACAUGAAAGAAGAAUAUUUAAAAUACAAUGAUUAUAAUGUCAUUUUGGUUGACUGGCAACCUCUGGCUGCGAGCACGUUUUAUCUGGGACCAAUGCGUAAUACAGAAAGAGUAGGAAAAACGGCCGCUGAAUUUAUUGACUUUUUAGUCGUUGAAACUGGUGUCAAAACUAAAGAUAUUCAUUUUCUUGGUCAUUCACUUGGAGCCCACGUAGCUGGAAAUGCCGGAAGUUCGAUAACUUCCGGUAAGUUAGGAAGAAUAACCGGUUUGGAUCCUGCUUUACCUGGAUUUCAUUUACUUACAUCCGAUAAAACUCGAUUAGAUUCUACAGACGCGGCGUUUGUCGAUAUUAUUCAUUCCUGUGGUGGAGUGUUAGGGUUUUUGCAACCUUUAGGUAGCGUGGAUUUCUAUCCAAACGCAGGAACAGCAGUUCAACCUGGUUGUUGUUGUUUACCGGAAGUAAUAGAAUCGUGUAGUCAUGGUCGAGCCUAUGUGUAUUUCAGUGAAAGUAUUGGCUCUAAAGUAGGAUUUACGGCACAUAAAUGCGAUACUUGGGAUCAAUUUAUGCAAGGCAGUUGUGACCAGACUAAAACUGUGUUAAUGGGAGAGCAUGUUAGACAAACGGCUACUGGAACAUACUUUCUUAGAACACGAUCCGAACCGCCAUAUGCCAAAUUAGCAGAAAUAACGGAUAACAUGGUUUAAAUAUAUACAUACAUAUAUAUA